GUAGGCCCAAGCCCUGUGUGUUUUCCUUUUGGUUUAUCUUCAAGCUUGCUAGCUAAGUGAUUCCAAAUAGCUUCAUAAUCUUGACUGGAGUUAUUUUUAGCUGGCGAUUAAAGUGUCGUUGGAGGGUAUUCGCUGUGUCCCUGUACCUAGAAAGUGUGUAAAUCCACUGACCAGAGGCGGGACCUAGCUAGGUCUGGAUUAGCCGCUCUUCGAGACCGCUGGAUGCUACAUUCCUAAAUCUCUCUCUACACAUUGGGCGUCAUUAGCAAUUUAGCCCGCUACCUAGCGAACACAAAUUGCACAUAAUCGCUAGGUUUUUACAACAUGUCAUAUCGGAGGACAAUCAAACUCGUGUGUGGAUUCGCUGGCGGAUCAGCGGUGCUGGUUGUGGCGGCUGCCGCAGCUGAAUCCCGUGGCUAUUUCGGUGAUACGCAAGGAGAGCGAUCAGGUCAGUGGAGUCGGUUCAAUAUUCUCCAAGCUGCACAGCCAGCGACAUGGUCAACGGGGAACCACACGGUUGCAUCUACUGGACAUGCCUGGGACUUCAACUGGGAUAAGCGGGACCCGUCCCCACUGUUUACAAAUGGGAAGAAGAAGGAGAACACCAGUGAAGACCCAAGCUCAGAGCAGGAGAAUGGCAAACCCAAAGCCACACGCAACAUCCUUUUCAUCAGGCACUCCCAGUACAACCUGAGUGGGAGUGGAGACCAUGAGAGAAUCCUCACCCCUUUAGGUCGGGAGCAGGCUGAGUUUACUGGCCAGCGGUUGGCUGCCCUGGGGCUGAAGUAUGACAUCAUGGUCUACUCCACUAUGGCCAGGGCCACCGAGACGGCCAACAUCAUCAGCAAGUACCUCCCAGGGGUAGAGCUGGUGAGCUGUGAUUUGCUGAGAGAAGGAGCACCCAUCGAACCUGUGCCUCCUGUUAACCACUGGAAGCCUGACGCUGUGCAGUACCACGAGGACGGGGCCCGGAUCGAGGCUGCCUUCCGUCGCUACAUCCACCGCGCUGACCCCAAGCAGAAGGAGGACAGCUACGAGAUCAUCGUCUGUCAUGCCAAUGUCAUCCGCUAUUUCGUGUGCAGGGCUCUGCAGUUUCCCCCAGAGGGCUGGCUGAGGAUGGGCCUGAACAACGGCAGCAUCACCUGGCUCACUGUGCGCCCCAGCGGCAGAGUGGCACUGAGGACACUGGGAGACUCAGGGUUCAUGCCCCCAGACAAACUCACACGGACCUGAGAAAUGUUCCACCUACAGUAUUCACUCGUUCUCUCCCGGAGAGCUUUAGAUCUCGGUCACAGGGUGAACUGAAUGGCUCUUGAUUUCUCCUUAAGUGUCUUGAAAGUUACUUUUGGUGUUAUUUUUGUAGCUUCAACAUGCAAUGAUAUACUUUUAUGUGGUGUUUUAUGAUCAACUCCUGUGCCAUCGUUUGCCAACUACAGUGCAAAAGGGGAGUAUACAGUAUGAACUGUUGCUGUAGCCAAUCACUGAACUCCGAAAGCUGAUGGGAUGACUGCCAGUGCCCACUCAUUAUGAAUGUAAAGGGUAUAAGAGUUGAGGGACUGAAGGAUUUUAAAACCAAAAACGUUCUAAAUUUGUAUGGCAUAUUUACUGUAAUGCUGUAAAUGCUUAUCAUGCUCAGCCCUUUUGUAUUUGGAUCAAGGCUUCCUCUGAGGUUUAGAUUGUUGUAUUAAGUAGAAACAUGCAAUAAAGGAGACAUGGUAAUGUAAAUGUUUUGUGUUCCUCAGUAGUACACCAAAUAAGUACUCGUACAGUCUUAAAAUAGGGUUAGCUCAAGCUGAGACAUUGUCUCAAGACUUAACAGAAAAUCCAAUGCACCUUUGUGUAAUUUUCAAGCUUUGUAGUGCCAACACUGUCAUUUGUUAGAGGACAAGAGCGCCACCACCAUUUCAGGCAGUAACAAUGUUAGAAAGUGCUCAAAUGACAAUUCAAAGGCGAGGAAACUUGUAUUUAUUAGUCGAACGCAAAUGAGAAGAUCUGGACAUACAGAAGAGGGGAAAAUUUGUGAUGAAGUGAAACUUUUAUGCCUUUAAAAUAAAGCACAGAAUGCCAAAGCACAAUAAGCAUG